GUACAUACAAAACUUCACGGGCCUGCUGAUAUUAAUAAAAAUGUUAUAGCCACUAAGGCUAUAUAGAAACAUAUAGCGAAAUUAAUUGUGGUCUGAGGCCAGACGGCUGCAAUAGAUCACGUGAUACAGUAAACGUUCCUCACAAGCGAAAGAUUAACAUCCGCCAAAACAAUAACAUGUGCAUCUGCCAAUCGUACCAAAACCUACGACCACCAGACAAUGCAAGAAAGCCAGGACCUGUGUGAGGGAACAGAACGUUUUCCCGUCUUUCUUCAUGACAGGCAGCGAGCUAAGAUAUUGAAGACAUUCAAGUAUGUUCCUUGUAACAUCCCUGGGCCUGGCACCAGUUAUGAAGAUUUCCAGACAUUGCUGGCUGGGUGUGAGUGCAUGGACACCUGCACAGACUGUGCCUGUGUCUCGAGGUUUGGACCAAACUACGACCAGAGUGGCGGGAUUCUUCCUCCGCUCCUGUCUCCAGACAGCAACAAGCUGGUGGUAGAAUGCAAUACAAACUGUUCUUGUCCUCGCACCUGCUGUAACAGAGUCGUUCAAAACGGCAUUCCAGUUCAGCUGAAACUUUUUGAAACAGAAUCAAAAGGUUUCGGUCUGUGCACACAAGAAAGUAUUCCUGCGUUUAAUUUUGUUUGUGAGUAUGCUGGGGAGGUGUUGACAGAGCAUGAAGCCAGUCAAAGAGUCCAACAUAAAACACGGCAGGAAAUGAAUUACUUGCUUGUAUUACAGGAAUUCUGUUCAACAGGUGUAAUCAGGACUUUGGUCGAUCCAGAAAUAAUUGGCAACAUUGGGCGUUUUAUCAACCAUUCAUGUGACCCUAAUUUGAUAAUGGUUCCAGUACGAGUGUCCAACAAUGUCCCCAAGCUUGCCCUGUUUGCAUGCAGGGAUAUCGGCCCAGGGGAGGAGCUGUGUUAUGACUAUAGUGGUCGAAACUGUGGCCAGACAGAUGUAAGGGAAGAGAGCAGUAAGCACAGGUGGAAGAAAGUUUGUAAAUGUGGAUCAGCCAAGUGUCGUGGACUUUUACCAAUUGAUGAAUCCUUGUUUAAAUGAACAGUCUGGUCUUUUUUAAGAGAUCACUCGUUGGACAUCAAUUUCGUCUCCAGCAUAUGUUGCAGAUCAUUUUUGAGACACAGAGUCGCCACAGCCAUAUUGUUCAAUGAAAUAAGCAGGACUGAAAUUGAUUGCUUUAUUCUGAAACUGACUGUGAAACUAAUUGUCACACAAGUUGGCUGCAGGCACAAGCAAAGUCAAUAAGUUUUAAAAAUAGAAAAACUACACUUUGUCAGUUAAAAUACCAUUUACCUUACAACUUGUUAUACGGCCAUCUAUGAUGGGUCGUAUUAUGCUAAGGUGUUGUCUGUCUGUUAACGUUUUCCUGUCCGGACCAUAUCUUACAGUUGCAUACAGAGCCAUCAAAUGUCACAUGUAGGAACAACUUGGGAUGGCCAUGUGUCACAUACUAUUACUAGGUCACUGUGACAUACUUUUACGGUCUACUGCACAUAACGGUAAAUCCUUGUCCAGAUCAUAUUUUGCAUACA